CGCUCGGACGAUCUUGCUCACAGCGUUCGCGGUGCUGCACGGUGUUCGUUCUGUCGCCUGCUGACCGAUUAGCCGACUCCCGUCCGUAUUCCAAUUGCACGCGCGAACGGCAUUUAACGGCCUUUUACUAAAGAGACAGAAAGAGAUAAAUCAAGUGAGCAAACAUGUGCGACGAGGAAGUUGCCGCGCUCGUAGUCGACAAUGGAUCCGGUAUGUGCAAGGCUGGUUUCGCCGGGGACGAUGCUCCCCGCGCCGUCUUCCCCUCGAUUGUCGGCAGGCCACGCCACCAGGGUGUCAUGGUCGGUAUGGGACAGAAGGAUUCCUACGUCGGUGACGAGGCCCAGUCCAAGAGAGGUAUCUUGACGCUCAAGUAUCCGAUUGAACACGGUAUCGUUACCAACUGGGACGACAUGGAGAAGAUCUGGCAUCACACAUUCUAUAACGAACUGCGAGUAGCUCCAGAAGAACAUCCGGUCCUUCUCACCGAGGCACCUUUGAACCCAAAGGCUAAUCGCGAGAAGAUGACACAAAUUAUGUUCGAGACGUUCAACACUCCCGCUAUGUACGUGGCGAUCCAAGCUGUACUGUCGCUGUACGCAUCCGGUCGUACCACUGGUAUCGUGCUGGAUUCAGGCGAUGGUGUUUCUCACACCGUACCGAUCUACGAGGGAUACGCCUUGCCGCACGCCAUCCUCCGUUUGGAUCUCGCCGGUCGCGACUUGACCGACUAUCUCAUGAAGAUUCUCACAGAGCGAGGAUACUCCUUCACGACUACCGCCGAGCGAGAAAUCGUUCGCGACAUCAAGGAGAAGCUCUGCUACGUCGCGCUCGACUUCGAGCAGGAAAUGGCCACGGCGGCCUCCUCCUCCAGCCUGGAGAAGAGUUACGAGCUUCCCGACGGUCAGGUCAUCACCAUAGGUAACGAACGAUUCCGUUGCCCCGAGGCUCUCUUCCAACCGUCGUUCUUGGGCAUGGAAGCUUGCGGCAUUCACGAGACCACCUACAACUCGAUCAUGAAAUGCGACGUCGACAUCCGUAAGGAUCUGUAUGCCAAUACCGUUCUAUCCGGCGGUACCACCAUGUAUCCUGGCAUAGCCGACAGAAUGCAGAAGGAGAUCACUGCCUUAGCUCCAUCUACUAUGAAGAUCAAGAUUAUCGCCCCACCCGAGAGGAAAUACUCCGUAUGGAUCGGUGGAUCGAUUCUCGCGUCGCUCUCCACCUUCCAACAGAUGUGGAUCUCGAAGCAGGAAUACGACGAGUCCGGACCCUCCAUCGUUCACAGGAAGUGCUUCUAAACACGCGUUCUCGAUCACAUCCACUAUCAUUCCCCGAUCCCUGAGACUUUGAGAAAUGAGAGAGAGAGAGAGAGAGAUAGAGAGAGAGAGAGAGAGAGAGAAAGAGGGGCUUUUGUCUCGUUUCGCAGGCGGACGUAACAUCAACUUCCGCGACGAUUGCCCUCUGGUUCCUCCUUGGGGCAAAGGUAGCUUCUUUCAAUUCGGAUGUACGUGUUUAAGAUACGCGUGAGGUAAGCGUCUCCGACGCUAAAGGGAGAGAGAGAGAGAGAGAGAGAGAGGAGCUUACGAUAUAUCGCCCUCCUUCCACGAUGUUCCUCUGUCUUGACGGCAACACAACAAAAUAAGUCGACCACUCAUUCUUGCUCGUUUUAAACGUGGCCAUUUUCCAUCGUUUUUCAUCUAUUCGAUAUAACGAUCUUAAACAUGUGCCCCGAUUUCUGAAUACCUUUUUCUACCUUGUAUCGAGUCCUUUGUAUUAUAUAUUUGAAUAAAACUUGUGUCUACGGUAGCAUUUAGCCAAACAUUCCCUGCGAGACAUUCUCUCAACGCGAGAGUAAAACGCUUCUUUUCCGUUAGACUCUCCCGUAGAACAUCGUACGCGUAAACCUCGAUUGUCGGUCGAGGAACGUUCACGCGAUUAACUCGAAAGUUUCUGUCGCGGGAGGGACCGUUGAUUACUCUUCUCGUAGGUAGAGACGGCAGAGUUCGGACAUGAUGGCAAUCAACGUCGAUCAAUGCAUUCCGAUCAAUGUGCGGUAUUUUUAAGAGAUGCUUGCGUAAAAACUGAACAUACAUUGUACGUCAUUCCGCGCAGAGACAAACCUCUGACUUCUUACCUGUUUAUUCUGUUUUCCAUUACAAUUUGCCUAUCGUUGAGGGAAAAUAUGGCCUUUUUCCCCCCUCUUUUUUCUUUCUUUUUUUUUCCUUUUUUUUUUUUACACGAAGGGGUAAACCGCUGAUCCGGGAAAAAGUUUUACCAACGUUUUCGCUAAAAUAAACGGAAAAAUGAUAGGCACCCACGGUUUCGACCCCGUAAGUUAGCCAAAGUAUUAUAAUUUAUUCCCAUUGUAUUGCGCAAGACCAUUCACGUA